GUCGGGACUUCAUAGCUUUAAGAAUCAAAAUGAUAGAGAUUAGAAAAUAAAGACGAGAAGAAAAAUAAUAACGAGUUUUUGAUUUCAUAAAUUGGGGAAAUCUGCGUCAAUUUUCUUUUUUGGGGAAAUCUAAAUUUUUUAUUAUUAUUUUUUUGUUGAAGUUUUUUUAUUAUUGAUAUGAAUGUCAGACAGUUUAAAAUAAUUAAAUAUAAUAAUAUUUAAAAAAAACAAAAAAAACUGUGGCGCUUUUUACAAUUAAAGAGUUUGAAUCAGCGUUUGAAAUUUUCAAAACUCUAAACAAAUCCCUCUCACAGACACAAAUCAUUUUUCAGUAGAAGAAGAAUCUCUCAUUCUCCAUUACCAUGGGUGUCAAGAAUUUAUGGGACAUCCUCGAAUCUUGCAAGAAAACGGUUCCUCUUCACAAUCUCCAGAACAAAAGGGUGUGUGUGGAUCUAUCAUGUUGGAUGGUUCAGCUUCAGAAUGUGAGUAAAUCUCAUGCUUGUUUGAAAGAGAAAGUUCAUCUUAGGGGACUCUUUCACCGUCUUAGAGCUCUCAUUGCUCUUAAUUGCACUGUUGUUUUUGUUUCAGAUGGAUCAAUUCCUGCCAUUAAAUUAUCGACUUAUAGGCGUCGCUUAAACAAUGGAAAGGAGGUAGCCCAAAAUGAAACUAACUUACAUAAAGUGACAUCAUUACGGAGAAACAUGGGGUCUGAGUUUUCAUGCAUGAUUAAAGAGGCUAAAGUCUUAGGGAUGGCUCUUGGUAUCUCUUGUUUGAAUGGGAUUGAAGAAGCUGAAGCUCAGUGUGCUUUGUUGAACUCUGAAUCAUUAUGUGAUGGAUGUUUUAGUUCAGAUUCAGAUAUAUUUCUCUUUGGUGCAAGGACAGUGUACAGAGAUAUCUGCCUCGGAGACGGCGGAUAUGUUGUAUGUUAUGAGAUGGCAGACAUCGAAAGAAAACUUGGAUUUGGACGGGACUCAUUGAUUGCUCUCUCUUUGCUUCUCGGCAGUGACUAUUAUCCAGGUGUUCAUGGUUUAGGUCCGGAGUCAGCUUGUCAGAUAGUCAAAUCAAUCGGGGACAAAUUUAUUCUUAAAAAAUUUGCGUAUGAAGGACUUGGAUGGGUUAAAAAAAGUAAAGGAGCUGAAAAUAAUAUAGGAAGGGAUGAUACCAUAGUAGAAGUGAUUAAUGCUUAUUUGAAGCCAAAAUGCCAUUCAGCAGAUUCAGAUGUUGUGCUCAGGGCUCUUGCUCAGUAUCCAUUUGAACGUAUUAAACUCCAGCAGAUAUGCGCUGAAUUCUUUGAAUGGCCUUCGGAGAGGACAGAUGGAUAUAUCCUUCCCGGUAUAGCAGAAAGAGAUUUACGACGAUUUGCCAAUUUGCGAUUAACUUCAUCUGAACUUGGCUUGAACCUUCCUUUACAUGAGAUCCCUGUGAAGUGUCCUUUGUCAGAAAUCAUUAAGAGCCGAAGAGCUCAAGGGCGAGAGUGCUAUGAGGUUUCUUGGAAAGACAUGGAUGGACUUGAAACUUCAAUAGUACCUGCAGAUCUUAUAGAAAGUGCUUGUCCGGAGAAGAUUUCGGAAUUCGAGGAGAGAAAAGCACUGCGGAAGAAACAAAAUGUUCAAAAAAGAAGACCAAAGAAAAAGGCCGAAACUACGGCUUCUUUGGCUGAGCUUGAUCUAACACUGCAGAAUCUGUUGUUAGACAAUAACUUGGAAGACAAAACCGACAACAAUGUCUCUGAAUCUGAUUCUUCAGGACGGAUAUUAGGAGAGAUAACCGCUAUGGCUGAAUCUGAUCUAAACACAGAAAACUUGAUAUUGUCACGCGACAACAGAGAAAAUAAUGAAUGGAUUCAGAAUAUCAGCAACAUAACAAGCAAUGAAACUGUUCCUAGUAUAGAUAAAAAUGUGGUCAUAGAUCUUUUGAGCCCUACUCCAAUUAAGCAAUCACACAAUUCUUCGAAGUUUCAUCGAUCAAGUGACCAAAAUAUUGAAGUGAUUAAUUUGAGUGAUUCAGAAAAUGAGGUUUCACCUGAACACAAGGAGAAAGCUAAAGAGCUGAGAUUGUUUUUAGCAAGUAUUAGAAAUGAAAUCCAUUGAACAUUAGUGUUUUGAUGUGUAAUAUAGUGUGUAUUAAAUUAAAUUUCAUAAUGAGAUUUUUUUUUAUCAUGUGUUGCAUUUUAUUUGAUGCAUUAUCAGUAAAACUUUAACUCAUAAUUUGACGCCUUGCGUCAACGGUAUGAAGUUUCCAUGGAAAAGGGUUCUCUCCGGUGAAGAUACCUUGACAGAUAAGCUACCUUGCACAAAUUCAGGAAUAUUCAAUUUAUCAGCAAUCACAUUAUUAUUCCAUUUGUUAUUUCAAAAGAAUACAGAACAACCAUUUUUAAUUUUCCAAAAUUGUCA